UGCUGCCGCUCAGCCGGGCAUUCGAGGCCCCACCGACCGGCCUGACUCCCAAGCCUCGGCUCCCAGGCUUUGGGUGCUGGCGGGCCGGGGAGAGUGUGGCGAUAUGCCUGGGGCUUGAUGUGCCGCCCUCUCUUCUCCCGGUCUUAAGUCCUAAAUCGUUAGCCCUUUGCACCCUCUUCAGCAGUCGUCGUCUUCCAGCUCUAGGCUUGGCGCUGCUGUCGACCCUGACGGGCCCUUCCAGCUCAGCCGCCGUCGUCAUGUCCCAGCCGGAAAUGCCGGCCUCCGGCGGUGCCCCAGCCGGGCUGCAGUCCCAGAACGGGGCCGCCUCGGCCUCGGGGUCUCCCUGCACCAACGGUCCUGUUCAAAAUGCACUGAUGUCUUCACAAGUGUCAGGGAGCCAAGGAUAUAAUUUCCAGCUUCCAGGAUCCUACCCCCAUCUAAUACCAGCAAAGACUUUGAAUCCAGCCUCUGGACAGUCUAACUAUGGCAGUUCUCAGGGAUCUGGGCAAACUCUUAAUAGACCACCUGUGGCCUCUAAUUUAGUAACACCUUCGCUCCAUAGUGGUCUCGUUUCUCGAAUGCCGCUACCUGCGUCUCAGAACCCAGCUGCUGCAUCAAUGCCUUCUGGUAGCUUUCUUCCUGGAACCAACCUACCACCACCUUUGAAUUGGCAAUAUAACUAUCCAUCAACAGAAUCACAGACAAACCAUAGUCCUCGUGCAUCAUCACAACCACCAGUAUCUGGGAGUACAAGUUCAACAACAAAUCAUCAAUAUGUUUCUUCUGGAGAUCCUUCACUUCAAAACAGCUUCUUAAAGUCAGGUUCUUCUGUACCUCCCUUAGCAAAUCCACCUCUGCCUACCACUUUUCAACCAGGAGCCCCUCAUGGGCCACCUCCAGCUGGAGCCCCACCUUUAGUAAGGGGUCUCAUGCCCCAGAAAACAUCAUAUAGAGCUGUACCUCAGCCCUCAUUUAAUUCAGCUACCAACCAAGAUGGUAUUACAUCAAAUACCAAUAAUGGAUCUAUGGUAGUCCACAGUAGUUAUGAUGAAAUUGAAGGAGGUGGCUUCUUGGCCUCCCAAACUCCCUUAGGUGCUAACCAUUUAACUGCAAGCUUGAGUGGAUUACAUCUACAUCCAGAGGGUCUAAGAGUUGUCAAUCUUCUUCAAGAAAGAAAUAUGCUUCCCUCAACACCUUUGCAGGCUCCAGUCCCAAAUUUGCAUGAAGACAUCCAGAAACUCAACUGUAAUCCAGAGUUAUUUCGAUGCACACUGACUAGCAUUCCUCAAACUCAGGCAUUACUGAAUAAAGCCAAACUUCCUUUGGGACUACUGCUUCAUCCUUUCAAAGACUUAGUGCAAUUGCCUGUGGUUACCUCCAGUACAAUCGUGAGAUGCCGUUCAUGCAGAACAUACAUCAACCCUUUUGUCAGCUUUCUUGAUCAAAGGAGAUGGAAGUGUAACUUAUGUUACCGAGUCAAUGAUGAUCUUUUUUUUCUUCAGUUACGACCACCUCAACCUCCAGUGUACCUCUUUGUAUUUGAUGUGUCUCACAAUGCAGUUGAAACUGGAUACUUGAAUUCAGUUUGCCAGAGUUUGUUAGAAAAUCUGGAUUUGCUUCCGGGCAACACUAGAACAAAAAUUGGCUUCAUAACAUUUGACAGUACAAUCCAUUUCUACAGUCUUCAAGAAGGUCUCUCUCAACCUCAGAUGCUAAUAGUUUCAGAUAUUGAAGAUGUUUUUAUACCUAUGCCAGAGAACUUAUUAGUAAAUUUAAAUGAAAGUAAAGAGCUUGUUCAAGAUUUACUGAAAACUUUGCCACAAAUGUUUACCAAGACACUGGAGACCCAGAGUGCUUUGGGUCCGGCACUUCAGGCUGCCUUUAAGCUGAUGUCCCCAACAGGUGGUCGAAUGUCUGUCUUUCAAACACAACUCCCAAGUCUUGGCGUGGGAGCCCUGAAACCACGAGAGGAACCGAACCAAAGGUCAUCUGCUAAGGAAAUACACCUGACGCCAUCUACUGACUUCUAUAAGAAAUUAGCCUUGGACUGUUCUGGUCAACAGGUAGCUGUUGACUUAUUCCUUCUCAGUGGGCAGUAUUCUGAUUUGGCUUCUCUCGGUUGUAUUUCUCGGUAUUCAGCAGGUAGUGUCUAUUACUACCCUUCUUACCACCACCAGCACAACCCUGUCCAAGUACAGAAAUUACAGAAGGAACUACAGAGAUACCUUACUCGGAAGAUUGGCUUUGAGGCAGUCAUGAGGAUUCGGUGUACCAAAGGUCUUUCCAUUCAUACUUUCCACGGGAACUUUUUUGUUCGGUCAACAGACUUACUGUCUUUGCCCAAUGUCAACCCAGAUGCUGGGUAUGCAGUGCAAAUGUCAGUGGAAGAGAGUCUUACUGAUACUCAAUUGGUUUCUUUUCAGUCAGCACUCUUAUAUACAUCCAGCAAAGGUGAAAGAAGAAUUCGUGUUCAUACUUUGUGUUUGCCAGUGGUUUCAACUCUGAAUGAAAUCUUUCUUGGAGCUGAUGUUCAAGCAAUUUCAGGAUUAUUAGCCAAUAUGGCUGUUGACAGGUCUAUGACAGCCAGCCUGAGUGACGCUCGAGAUGCUUUAGUGAAUGCUGUCAUCGACUCUCUUUCAGCUUACCGUUCUUCAGUCCUAAGUAAUCAGCAGCCUGGACUCUUGGUUCCUUUUUCUUUGCGGCUUUUCCCACUUUUUGUGUUGGCUCUCCUUAAACAGGGAGCACUCAACAUCAAUGAUAGAACCAUACCACAACCUCCUAUUCUUCAGCUUUCAGUGGAGAAGCUGAGUAGAGAUGGAGCUUUCCUCAUGGAUGCAGGCUCUGUACUGAUGCUUUGGGUUGGAAAAAAUUGCGCACAUAAUUUUCUCAGCCAAGUUCUAGGAGUUCAAAACUAUGCAUCGAUUCCACAGCCUAUGACAGACCUUCCACAACUUAAUACAGCAGAAUCUGCCAGAACAAUAGCUUUCAUCUCUUGGCUUAGGGAUCAGAGACCAUUUUUCCCAAUACUUUAUGUCAUAAGGGAUGAGAGUCCAAUGAAAGCAAACUUCCUUCAAAACAUGGUAGAAGACAGAACAGAAUCUGCAUUAUCAUAUUAUGAAUUCCUCUUGCAUAUACAGCAACAAGUGAAUAAAUGAACAACUGAAGAAAUUUGACUUCGUUAUUUCUAAGAAUGUCAUGAUAAUGCAGAAUAUCUAGGAAUGUGUCAUACCUUCCUUUUCUAUCAAGUUGGAUUCAAUGUGAUGAUUAAGAUGUUCUCACUGUGAUUUCAGCAAACUAUAGCAAAUAAAGAACCACAGCAGAGAAUCAAACAUGCAACUCUGAAAUACUGUAUUUUUCAAAUCAAAAUAUAUCUAUAUAUGAUUGAAAACUUUUUUCCUUUGCUGCCAAUUAUGUUUGAGUUAUCAUGGAUUGAAGCAAGAUAAAACAAUGUUGCUGAGGCAAAUACUUUUUGUAAAAUAAAGAUUUCUGUGUUCCACAUGUA